GUCUUGGGACCCGGGGUCCUGUCGGAGCUCUGCGCUGGGGGGUGUCGCCCCUGUUAGGGGGCCAGGAAGCCUUUGAGGUCACAGAGCCCAGCCGUCUGGUGGGGGAGAGCUCCGGGGGCGAGGUCCGAAAGCAGCAGCUGGACACCAGGGUCCGCCAGGAGCCACCCGGGCGCCCGCCUGUCCACCUGGCCCAGGUGAGCUUCCUCAUCCCAGCCUUCAAUGCAAACUUCACUCUGGACCUGGAGCUAAACCAUCACCUGCUGUCCUCUCAGUACGUGGAGCGCCAUUUCAGCCGGGAGGGCACAACCCAGCUUAGCGCCGGGGCCAGAGACCACUGCUACUACCAGGGAAAGCUGCGGGGGAACCCCCACUCCUUUGCCGCCCUCUCCACCUGCCAGGGGCUGCAUGGGGUCUUCUCUGACGGGAACUUCACCUAUAUCGUGGAGCCGCAAGAGAUGGCCGGGCCCCCGGAAGCCACGCAGGGACCCCUUCCCCACCUCAUUUACCGGACCCCUCUCCUCCCAGACCCCCUCAGAUGCAGGGAACCAGGCUGCCUGUUUGCUGCCCACGUUCAUCUUGCUCCUCCAAACCGGCCGAGGCUGAGAAGGAAAAGGUCCGCCGGGGUCACCCUACAGUGCACAGCGAGACCAAGUAUGUGGAGCUGAUUGUGAUCAACGACCACCAGCUGUUUGAGCAGAUGCGGCAGUCUGUCGUCCUCACCAGCAACUUUGCCAAGUCCGUGGUGAACCUGGCGGAUGUGAUGUACAAGGAGCAGCUCAAUACCCGCAUUGUGCUGGUUGCCAUGGAAACGUGGGCAGACGGAGACAAGAUCCAGGUGCAGGACGACCUCCUGGAGACCCUGGCCCGGCUCAUGGUCUACCGGCGGGAAGGCCUGCCUGAGCCCAGCGACGCCACCCACCUCUUCUCGGGCAAGACAUUCCAGAGCACCAGUAGCGGGGCUGCUUAUGUGGGGGGCAUCUGCUCGUUGUCCAGGGGUGGGGGUGUGAACGAGUAUGACAACAUGGGGGCCAUGGCAGUGACCCUGGCGCAGACACUGGGACAGAACCUGGGCAUGAUGUGGAAUAAGCACCGCAGUUCAGCAGGGGACUGCAAAUGUCCGGACAACUGGUUGGGCUGCAUCAUGGAGGACACGGGUUUCUACCUGCCCCGCAAGUUCUCGCGCUGCAGCAUAGACGAGUACAACCAGUUUCUGCAGGAGGGGGGCGGGAGCUGCCUCUUCAACAAGCCCCUCAAGCUCCUGGAUCCGCCAGAGUGCGGGAACGGCUUCGUAGAGGCGGGGGAGGAGUGCGACUGCGGCUCGGUGCAGGAGUGCAGCCGCGCGGGAGGGAACUGUUGCAAGAAAUGCACCCUGACUCACGACGCCAUGUGCAGCGAUGGACUCUGCUGUCGCCGCUGCAAGUAUGAGCCGCGAGGCGUGUCCUGUCGAGAGGCCGUAAAUGAGUGCGACAUCGCGGAGACCUGCACCGGGGACUCGAGCCAGUGUCCCCCUAAUCUGCACAAGCUGGACGGGUACUACUGUGAUCAUGAGCAGGGCCGCUGUUACGGGGGUCGCUGCAAAACCCGGGACCGGCAGUGCCAAGCCCUCUGGGGCCAUGCGGCUGCUGACCGCUUCUGCUAUGAGAAGUUGAACGUGGAGGGGACAGAGCGUGGGAACUGUGGGCGCAAGGGGUCAGGCUGGGUCCAGUGCAAUAAACAGGAUGUGCUCUGUGGCUUCCUCCUCUGUGUGAACAUCUCUGGAGCGCCUCGCCUGGGGGACCUAGGGGGAGACAUCAGCAGCGUCACCUUCUACCAUCAGGGCAAGGAGCUAGACUGCAGGGGUGGCCAUGUGCAGCUGGCCGAUGGCUCUGACCUGAGCUAUGUGGAGGAUGGCACAGCCUGUGGCCCCAACAUGCUGUGCCUGGAUCACCGUUGCCUGCCAGCCUCUGCCUUCAACUUCAGCAGCUGCCCUGGCAGCGGGGAACGCCGGAUCUGCUCCCACCACGGGGUCUGCAGCAACGAAGGGAAGUGCAUCUGUCAGCCAGACUGGACAGGCAAAGACUGCAGCAUCCACAAUCCCCUGCCCACGUCUCCGCCCACAGGGGAGACAGAGAGAUAUAAGGGUCCCAGCGGCACCAACAUCAUCAUUGGCUCCAUCGCCGGGGCUGUCCUCGUUGCAGCUAUCGUCCUGGGCGGCACGGGCUGGGGAUUUAAAAACAUCCGCCGCGGAAGGUCCGGAGGGGCCUAAGUGCCACCCCCCUCCCUCCGAGGCUGGCACCCACCGUCUCCACCCUGACCUUCGAGGAGGCUGCCCCUGCCCAGCCACGGAGGGAGGCGCCGUGCAAAUGUCUUCCGGGCCCGAGCCCUUCAACUCCUGGCCCCACAGGGUCCCGGUGGGAGGCUGUGACCCUGCCCUUCACACCACCAGGGCGGACCAGGCCAGGGGCAGCGCCUCGGGGCCCCCCUCGCACCUCAUGUGGCUUUGGCCCUGCACACCAACUCUCCCUGUGUGAAUGUAGCUUCCAUCAUCGCGGAUUGCCACUGCUCAAGUGGCGGGGGAGGGGGGCCUGGGGGUGCUCCGGGGGGCAGGCAGCCACCAGUGGACAUGGCCUGGGAUGGCCCCUCCUCAAAACCAGGCAGGUGGGACCAGGUUUUUAAGCUUUCUGGGACUUAGGGGGAGGGGCCGAUACCUACAUUUUUAAAAAACUGAAUCUUAACUGAUGAAUGUAACCUUGGGGGUGCUGGGGACAGGGCAGUUGUGGACAUGCUUUGAUGUUUUGGGGAGGGACCCGAGGGCCCAGGGCACGGCCGUCACCUAGGAUGACCACACUUGGAGCCCUCUCACCAAGCACAGGGUCCCGGGCCGGGCCGGGGCCCGGCUCCCCAGCCUGCCCCUCCGCCCCGCCCGCGGAGCUUGGCGAGCGUGUGAGUGCUGAUUCAAACCAAAGCUGCCUGUUCUGUGCCCCGGCCUAGGUUAUGGGUACGGAGCUACAUGUCCCAGAUUGUCAAUUCCAAAAUAGCUAUCCUGCUGCCCCUACCAGGACACGUAUAUUUGGGGGUCUAGAAAAAUACAGUCCCUGAAACAAAAUGGCACCUUCCCCCCUUCCAAGAAAGGUGACUCUGGGGCUGACUCAGGGUUUAGGUGCCCCCUGGCAUGGCCAAGAGCCCCCCGGCUGGGCCACCCUCCCAGGGAAGCCUCUCCUAAGUAGGGGUGGCCAAGGGUGGCCCAGUGCCUAGAGGGUAGGAGCUCUGCCUGUGACGUGCGGGAGGUAGGAGAAGGCAGGUCUCGUGUGUGAUCCUCAGUUUCCAGAAAAGUCCUCAAGGCCCUGUCAAACCCAUUCCACUCCUUACCCCUACUCCAGGGCCAGCAGUAAGUUUACAGUUGUUUUCCCCAUCAAGUCCUGGCUCAGGCCAGGCACAUCCCUGUCAGUCUUCCCACAAGCCGCAGCCCCACCCAGGCUUCCCUCGAGACCCUCACUGGGCCGGAGCUCCAGGCUGCUCUGCUGCUGAAACCCAGCCGGCGGGGGAAAGGCGGGGGUCAAACUACCUUACGGAUGAAAGCCACAAAUGGCCGGAGCCCCUCUCCCCAGGGAUCCCCCCCAGACUCACAGGGGGUUCUGAACACCCCAGGGCCUUUGAACUGCUUGUUCCAGUGCCUGUUUCGGGGGCAUCUUUGAGGAGGAAUCAGAGGAAAUGGUUCCCUGUUACCUGCACCACCCCUCGGGGUCAGAGACGCCCGUUUGGGUAGCCGGAUGGGAUCCUCGAGACUGAGCUCCAGCUGGCACAGCCCAAGCGAGGGGGGUGGGGGGGACCCCUCUGGCCAGGCCCGCCCGCCAGCCCCUCCGGCAGGCGCCCAGGGCAGGGCUGGGUUCUGCUGCGCGGUGAAGGCCUCCUCGGCGGCCUGUGGCGCACAAGCUCCAGACCCACACUCUGCCUCAGGGCGAGUGCACGCACCUGCCUGCGUGCGUGUGUGUGUGUGUGUGUGUGUGCACGCGCUGCACGUGAGCGUGGGCAUGGGGGCAGAGAGAGCGAAGCCUGGACCAGGCCGCCUGGCUCCCGCUGGCUGGGUGCUCCUGCCCCGCCCUGUGCCCAGGGAGGAAAGAAGGCUGCUGGGCCUGGGCCUGGAACUGGCGCCAUACAGCAUCCUGUAAAUAUGUCAUCUGGGGCUCAGGGGGGUGGGGAGGCAGGGACAGGAACGACAAUUAAAGGACACGUCCCGGGGCUGCCAUGGACUCACUCCAA